GCAGAGCAAUUGGGUGUUUCCCAAUUCGUGCACUAGAGGGCAACUCAGUAUGAAAUUAGUGGAAGUCCUAUCUACCUUUACUAUAAAAGUUGUUAGGAGAUUGAUUUUCACACAAACGUUCAUUUAACACAGAUAAGAUGAGCACGCUUCUAUUCUUGAUUCUCGUUGGAUUAUCUACUGUUUACGCCGAAUGUAUAGAAGAAAACGAUGCACUUGAUCCUAACUGGGAUAAUAUCUUGAAGAGUUUCGAGAUUGGAAAUAUGGAAUUCGGCUUGGAAUUGUUUAGAAAUCUUAAUUCUGAUUCGAAAAACGAUUCUACAAACUUGUUCUACAGUCCUCUAAGUAUUUGGAGCGCUCUCAGUUCGCUUUACAUUGGCGCCAGAGGACAGACUGCGAAAGAAUUAGAAAAUGUCUUAGGUUUAGAUUUCACCAAGAAAUUUUUCUUGCCUAAACUUUUCGAUAAGUUUUUAGAAAUUUGCCAUCAGUGUGGCGAUAAUGAAAAUGCUAGUUUCAAGAUGGCCAACAGAAUAUAUAUAGACAAAAAAGUAGAGCUUAAACUUUGCGAAGAUGUGUUAAAAAAUAUAGUAAAGAAAAUUGAUUUCUCUGAAAAUCCGAAAAUAUCAGGCGAGGAAAUAAAUAAAUGGGUGGAAGGAAAGACAAAUGGAAAAAUUCACGAUGUAAUACCAGCCUCUGCUGUAACUUCUGAAACGCAAAUGGUCGUAAUUAACGCAAUUUAUUUUAAGGAACAUUGGAAAACCCAAUUUAAUCCAGAAAUGACUAGAAAUUCCAGAUUCUAUAUGAAUCGCGAUACAAUUUAUAGAGUGGAUAUGAUGAAUACACAUGGCACAUUUAUCUAUGGAGUAAGCGAAGAAAUGAAGUGCCAAGCUUUAGAAAUACCCUAUUCUGGCGAUGAACUGAGCAUGCUAUUAUUAUUACCACAACAUCCCUACAACGGUUUCGAUAAUCUAGUUAAAACUAUCACGGGAAGUCGCCUGAAGAACUUAAUCAAUUCCAUGAGUCAUCGCGAAUUAUGGGUUACCAUUCCCAAAUUUAAAGUCGAACAGGAAUUUGAAUUAUCGAACGUUUUACAAAAGAUGGGUUUACGUAGCAUGUUUAACCCUGUAUUUACCGAUUUGUCCGGUUUCACUGGUAAGAAAGACUUAACUGUAGAUGCAGUUUAUCAUAAAUCAUAUAUUAAAGUAAACGAAGAAGGAACGGAGGCUGCAGUUACCACUUCCAUCUUAUUAUCUAGAGUUGCUCGUCCGGGUGGAAUAACACGAUUUGUAGCAGACAGACCGUUUUUGUACUUAAUCAGACAUGUCCAAUCUAACGUUAUUCUUUUCAUGGGUACUGUUAAAUCUCCUGAGUACUGAAAUAAUCAACGAAAAUCCCAAGCCAUAGAAAAGUUUUUGUACUUAACUUAUUUUUUUACAUAAUCAUGUAUUUUAUAAUAAAAUAUUAAGCAAAUAUUCUUCAAGAAUGUCAGAAUUAUUAAUAUAACACUACUUAAACCUAAUUUACAUAUAUUCUCUACUUAUUGAUGAGUGAAUUGCUACAUAAUGUCAAAUAAAAAGAAAGCAUUUCCUGGAAGAAAAAAAAAUCAAAGUUUUAAAAUUAUAAUAAUAAUGAAUUCUAAACAUUGAGUAUAAGGUUACGUAUUUCAUUUGAAUAGUUUAAGCUGUUUUUCUUUCCUUUUUUUAAAUAUUCACAACCAUUAUCCAAAUAACCUUGAAAUAAAAUACCUGAAAAUAUUUAUCUGGAAAGGUAAAGUGGUGUUUCUAUGUAUUGUAUUUUAUGUAAUACAUAGUUCAAUACCAGUAACUGAUAUCAGGGAUUUCCAUUGUCAUAAAAUCAUUAAAUAAUAAACAACAAUUGACUACAGAAUUAUGCAAACUUGAUUAAACAACAUUAAAUAAUCAUUCUAAAUUAUUUGAAACAUUUUAAUAUCAUAAAUAUUAAAAAUGAUUAUUAAUAUUUAUGAUAUUAAUAAUCAUAUCAUUUUAAUUUAUUUAUAAUGACACCUUUGGUAAAACAUGAGAAAUGUUCUU